AUGGAAAAAAUUGAUAAUGCUGGUUACGAUGAGCCUGAAGGUGAUUUCAAGUUUGACUGGUGUGAUAAAGGGGCCCUAGCUGAUUGCAAAAGACAAAAAGGCGAUGUGUGUUGGGCUUUUGUCACGAUGGCUACGAUAGAAGCCAUCAACCAAAUUGCUACCAAGAAAAUGAUUACGCUCUCAGAACAACACCUUAUUGAUUGUGACUACUUUAAUAAGGGAUUUUGUACUGGUAGCCCACUGAAAGCGUUCAAAUUUAUUACAGCUAAAAAGGGUAGUGUCUACAAAGAAAGUGAAUACAAGUUUAUAGGCAAAAAGGGCAAUUGCAAAUGUAAAAAGUUUGCUCAAAUUGAAUACAAGUUGAAUAUUUAA